AUGCGUUGGCUGUGGCCUCUAUUGGUCGCCAUUGCCUUUGCCGAUGAAUGCACGAGGAGACCCUAUGAAGCAAAAGGCGAUAAACGAUCGGGCAACAAUGGAUAUGUGAUUGAGGUGAAUGGGAUGACAGAGAAUGCGAAUAAGACCGAGGGAUUGGUGCCCGGGGAAACGUAUGUCGUGACAAUAAGAGGCUGGAGAACCGAGUUCACGGCACAAACGUUUCGCGGUUUCGUCCUCACCGCUCACACAGAGCAAGAGAAACCAGCUGGCGGGUUUGAGACUCCAAUGGGGAAAAGUGAUGUCCGACAAGCGCCUGGUUGUCGAAAUGCCGGUGUAUCGCACGCGAAUUUGAGGCCGAAGACGGAGGUGUCGGUGAAAUGGAGAGCGCCUGAGAUGUCAAGUGGUUGUGUUCUCUUCCGAGCCUCAGUCAUUGAGUCCAAAUACAUCUGGUAUUCCGAUGAGAGUCAAUUGACGAAGAAACUCUGUCUACAAGAUGGCUACCAAAAAGUGGUGCCCGUCGACGAGGUGACGGCCGAGUGUUGCGCCUGUGAUCAGGCCAAGUAUCAGCUGGAGUUCAUCGGAUUGUGGAGCAAAGAGACACAUCCAAAGGAUUUCCCCACACUGGAACAUUUGACCCAUUUCACGGACAUGUUGGGCGCAUCGCACUCCUCGAAUUACUCACUAUGGAAAUUUGGGGAAAUCUCCUCAGACGGAAUGAAAGAAAUCGCUGAAUGGGGAAACACGUAUCAAGCUGAGAAAGAAGCAAAAGAAAAGGCUAGCGAGGUGCGCACGUUGAUGAAAUUGAAAGGAUUGUGGUAUCCAGAGGUGCAAGGAAGAACAAAUACGACUUUUAUCACCAACAAGUACCACCAUUUCGCUUCACUCGCCACUAUGUUUGGACCAUCGCCGGAUUGGUGUGUCGGCUUAUCGUCAAUCAAUUUGUGCCUUCCCGAUUGCACGUGGGUGCCGGAGCGAUCGUUCGAUCUUCAGCCCUGGGAUGCCGGUACUGAUGAUGGACCGACUUAUAUGAGUCCAAACAGCCCGGCCGAGCCUCGACACCGGAUCGUUGCGAUUACGACGAAAACGGAUCCUCGAAAUCCUUUCUAUGACGCAAGCACUGAUGUGAUUCCGCCGCUUGCCAGAAUUGUGAUCAAACGGAUUGAAGUGACGCCAUCUUCAUGUCGAAAAGAUGAGGAUUACAAGCGAGAGGCUUUCAACGCGACGAACACCUCGGAAGACGACGUCUACAAGGAUCGAAGAGAGUGCAUGAUGUCCGAGUGGGAACCGUGGUCACUUUGCUCGGCCACAUGCGGAAAAGGGAUCCGAAUGAGAAGUCGAGUCUUUCGCUUUCCCGUCAAAGCACAGAUGUUCAACUGUCACCGCCAAACCACCGAGCGACAGUUCUGCAACGCGAAGAUCAACGAGUGUGCGGACUCUGAACUCUUCAACUCAAAAUGCGCUGUCGGUUCGUGGCAAGGGUGGACGGAAUGCUCGGAGACUUGUGGACAUGGAAUACGCACUCGCAAAAGGGCCUACAUCGAUUCGAGCACCAAUCAUGAGGAGUGCAAGGUCGAACUGGAGAAACAAGAGAUUUGUGUAGGAGAACACGGCGAGGACUGUUCGGUGACCCCAGAUCCCCUAUGUCGAACGACUUCAUGGAGUGACUGGUCGCCCUGUUCGGCGAGCUGUGAUCAAGGGGUGAAAGUCAGAACUCGUUUAUUCUUCUAUGCUGAACACGAGGCUCGAUGCUCGAAUAUCAAAUUGAUGGAGAAAGAGAAUUGCGUUUUGCAGAGUUGCAAGAGACUCAUUGAGGCUCAUUCGGAGGAGAUUUGUGCUCAACCAAAAGAAGAGGGACAAUGCAAAGGAGCGUUUCCAAGAUAUUGGUUCAAUUCGGAGAAUAAACGAUGCGAAAGAUUUAUUUACAGUGGAUGCAAAGGGAAUGAAAACCAAUUUAAUACUGAGGAUGAAUGCCGACGAGCUUGCAUUCCUGGCUACGAAGUGCAUCGAGCACAUGUACCGAAUCAUCAACUCGUCAAUGAAUUUGGUGGUGAAGAGAUCAACGAUGGAGGAGAGAAAGUGAAUUGUGAGAUGACCGAGUGGAGCCCUUGGGGUGCAUGUUCAGCAACAUGUGGAAGAGGGAAAAGAACGAGGAGCCGAAAUGUCAAGAUCUUCCCAAGAAAUGGCGGAAUCUCUUGCCCGGAGCACAUCAUUCAGGAGCACACAUGCCAUUUGAGGCCAUGUCUACAAUCAUAUCCCAAUGCUCUUAUUUAUAAUUCAAAA